UCAUGAUUACAGCUGUUCUUCGAACAUCUUAUAUUCGAGCUUGUUUUCAAACUUCACGAAAUCCAUCCAGAAAUUUUAUAUUCACAAACAUGGCAUCAAGAAAUAUUGUCACUUCUGUUUCAGUACCAAAGCUGAAAGAUUCUUCCUUACUGCGACACGCUGCGUUCAUUAACAAUGAAUGGAUCCCUGCUUCAUCAGAGACAUUCCGAGUCAUUGAUCCUGCAAACGGUGAAGAAAUUGGCCAAUUACCGGAAAUGGGAGCAAAAGAAACAAAAGAAGCCAUCCAAGUGGCAUCCGAUGCAUUCAAAAAAUGGUCUCGUACCACGGCAAAGGAACGUCAUGACUUGCUCAAGAAAUGGUACGACAUUGUCAUGGCGAAUCAAGAAGAUUUGGCCACCAUUUUGACAUGGGAAAACGGUAAAACCAUUGCCGAGGCACGAGGUGAAAUCGCCUAUGGUGCAUCCUUUUUCGAAUGGUUCGCCGAAGAAGCUGUACGUUCCUAUGGCAAUGUGAUCCCUUCGCCUAUUCCCAGCCAAAGAUAUAUCACCAUCAAGCAACCAGUCGGAGUAGUUGGUAUCAUUACACCAUGGAAUUUCCCAAAUGCCAUGAUUACACGUAAAGUGGGUGCGGCGCUGGCAGCCGGUUGUACCGUGGUGAUCAAACCAGGCGCCGAAACGCCUUAUUCUGCUCUUGCAUUGUGCGAACUGGCCAAACGUAUUGGUAUCCCUGCCGGUGUUAUUAACGUUGUCACAACCGAGAAAAAAGUCGCUGAAGUUGGCAAAGAAUUAUGCACUAAUCCGAUUGUGAAGAAGAUUUCAUUUACUGGCUCGACUGCCGUCGGCAAACUUUUGAUGAGUCAAUCAUCCGGUACCAUGAAGAAGAUAUCCAUGGAGUUGGGCGGCAAUGCUCCAUUUAUUGUGUUUGACGAUGCUGACUUGGAUGCUGCUGUCGACGGUGCAUUGGCUUCCAAGUUCCGAGGCACGGGUCAGACUUGUGUGUGCGCGAACCGUAUCUACGUGCAAAAGGGUGUCUACAAGGCUUUUGCUGAGAAACUCGCUGCCAAAGUGGGUGGAUUCAAAGUCGGUCACGGAUUUGCUACGGAUACGACCCAUGGCCCUUUGAUCAAUGACAAAGCGGUUGAGAAGGUUCAGCGACAUUUGGAAGACGCAGUGAGUAAAGGUGCUGAAGUGGUCAUUGGUGGCAAACAUCUGGGUGGCAGCUUCUUCGAGCCUACGGUGAUUACUGGCAUGACCAAAGAGAUGACCAUUUUCGAGGAGGAGACAUUUGGCCCGUUGGCGGCUUUGUUUGAAUUCGACACUGAAGAACAAGUGAUUCAGCUCGCCAACGAUACACCUUUCGGCUUAGCUGGCUAUUUCUACUCACGCGAUAUUGGCCGUAUCUGGCGUGUUGCCGAGGCGCUGGAAACCGGUAUGGUGGGCGCCAACUCUGGCAUCAUUUCCAGUUGCUAUAGUCCAUUUGGCGGUGUCAAGGAGAGCGGUGUUGGACGUGAAGGUUCUAUGUAUGGCAUGGAUGAUUAUCUGAAUAUCAAGUACAUCAACAUGGGAGGGCUUCAAUAAUGCUGGAACAUAAUGAAGAAAAACGAAAAGCUUGCUCGAAAAUUUCAUCAUGACUAAUAAAAUUCUUUUCAAAAAAGCAAUUACC